AUGUCUACCGUCGUUCAACAACCGAGCCGCCAGCAGAACUCAUCUCGCGGUGGUCGCAAGAAUCGUCGAGGGGGAAAUCGCUCGCAGACAACGCCUAUCGCGAAAGCUAACGAUGCUGCGCCUGCGACCGAUCACCAAAAUGCCGUGGAGACAACGACUGCCGUAAACACCACCACGGACGGUGCUCAGGCCGCUUCUGAGGCUGAUGAGGCCGCCGUGUGCUGGAUCUGUGCCGAGCCGGUCAAAUAUUACUCGGUGUCCGAAUGUAACCAUCGUACCUGCCAUGUAUGCGCUCUUCGGCUGCGCGCUCUCUACAAAAAGAUGGAAUGCACGUUUUGCAAGGAACCUCAGCCAACGGUUAUCUUUACCACCUCUCCCGAUGCCGCUUUCUCUAGCUAUACCCCAGACUCGAUUCCGUUCAAAGACUCGAAGUUAUCCAUCUUCUUUGAGACUCAAGAUAUGAUGGAGGACACCCUGAUCCUCUUGCGGUUCAAUUGUCCUGAUCAGAGUUGCGAUUAUAUUGCCUCUGGAUGGGGCGAUCUCAAGCUCCACGUACGGGCGGUUCAUGGCAAGCUCAUGUGCGAUCUUUGCAUCCGGUCUAAGAAGGUCUUCUCCCAUGAGCAUGCUCUGUAUCCCCCAAAUCAGCUGUCGCUACACCUGCCGUCCAUCCCGCACCGUAAUCAGAAGCCCGUACCUCAGGACAAGAUAGAGGGUGGCGUUCAUCCACUCUGCGAAUUCUGCCGGGAAUGUUUCUUCAGCGAUGACGAGCUGUACGCGCACAUGAGAGAACGUCACGAGGAGUGCUUUGUGUGUAAACGACAGGAGAUCAGGGACCAAUACUUCAGAGAUUAUCAAGCACUGGAACAUCAUUUUACCAAUGCUCAUUUCCCAUGCCGCCAAGCGGAAUGCCUCGCGCAAAAAUUCGUAGUAUUCGGCUCUGCGUUAGACCUACAGGCGCAUAUGGUGGAAAAUCACGGCGCCGUCAUGUCUGCUCGUGAUAGGAAGGCUGCUAUGCAUCUAGAGACUGACUUUCAGUUCGAGGACAACGCCGGAGGUCGAGACAGGGGCCGCGGAAGGAGAGGCGAACGAGAGCCUCCCCCGCAGCCUGCUGCACGACCUCCAGCUGCGGGAGGUGGUGGGAGGCGACGAGAAGGUUUCGGAGCCCAUCUCACAGGAAGCGGGGAAAGCAGCGCUGUGGCCACCCCGAGUCACAGGCGAUCACCUUCUCCGGCUCGUCAGCGAACGCCAUCGCCCCCACGCGAUGUUGAUCCCGUUGUUGCAGAGAGGCACGCAACGUUCUUGUCCCGUUUAAGAACUUUGGCUCCCAAUCCUACGAACGCUGAAAUAGCCGUGAAAGCCGCGGUUCGAUCCUUCCGGGCCUCUGAAUCUACCUCUCGAGACCUCAUUUCGACCGUGUGGAGCGUUCUCGAUCGUAAUCUGGAUAACACCGCGACCAUCAUCAAUCUCCUCGUCGACAUGUUCGAUGACGAGGAGAAGAAAUCCGAUCUCCUCGGUGCUUGGAACGGCUUCAAGAUAGAACAACGGCGCCAGUUCCCUGAGCUUGUGCCUACAGGAACGGGUAGCGACUUCGCCGGCAUUACCAGCGGCCGUGUUCUCAAUGCAAAGCACUCCACUGCUAACCGCCUCGGGGCGCAACCUUCCCGCGUGUGGGACCGCGUCGCGCAGGCGGCCAGCUCGUCGCGUACCGCAUCAUCGCCACUUCCCUCUGCACCCAGACCAGCGCGCCUUCCCGAGCAUUUUCCGUCGCUGCAGCCCGCUGGGCCGUCGACAGCGGUACCUCGCAGCAAUGCGCAGCAGCGUACGCCAUGGACGGGCAACACCCCCGCUGCGUCCACGGCGAACGUACCCCGACCUUAUUCUGUUCCAGGGCCCGCUAUCACCUCUGCUUCCAAAGCAUCAGCGGGACGUGCGAAGGGUCUUGAUCUAUCCAACAAAGCGUUUCCAGGACUUCCCACCUCGACCACUACCAGGCAGAAACCUCCGGUUAGCGGGAACAUCUCGCUGAAGAACAUAGUUGGCAACACAACCCCGGCCGCCCCGGCAUGGGGCGCUAAUGGUGCAUCCAACAACCCGAACUCGACGCAGGAUGCAGGGGCCGGCGGUGCGGAUGUCAACGAUACACCCAAUGAGGUGCCUUCACAGAGCAAGAAAGGCAAAGGGAAGCAGAAACAGAAGCAAACACUGUUCACAUUGGGGUCAUUCCCGACUUGAUGAUCUCUGCGGCGGAUAUCCGAUCUCAUCUUGUCGGAUGUAAGUCUUCGGUGGCGGGAUGCAUGCCUACACGAUGCGCGGUGGGACCAGGCGCAAAUU